AUGUAUUUUACUUCAGUUAUACUACUCUCAUCAUUAUUAUUAGUAUUUUCAUUUUUACUUAAUUUUAUUCCAAUUUCCAGUCAUUUAAACGUCUGCCCAAAUAAUAAAACUGUUAUAUACAAUAAUAAUAAUAAUGAAUUAAACAAAUGUUAUGCAUUACAAUUGAAUUUAGCUAAACAACGUCAUAUUAUUAGAUUAAUUAAAGGUGAUCAAUUUACAAUGAAUUUACAAUUAGCAUGUCAUUUAUGUUCAAAUGAUAAUCCAAUACAUUUUCAAUGGUAUCGUAUUCUACGUAAAAAAUCUAAUCAAACAAUAUUUCAUUUAAGUAAUAAAACACUCUAUGAUCAUAAAUGGAUAUUGAAUAGAGAUUUACUUGAACCAGUUCUAACUAAUACACUCAUAAAUGAUCCAUGUUUAAUAAAUGGAACAAAUGAAUUAGUUUAUAAAAAAUUUGAUCCAUAUCAUGAUUCUGGUACUUAUGUAUGUCAAUCAUUAAAUAAUAAUAAACAUCCUUUAAAUUUUAUAUGGUAUCAUAUAGAUUAUAUUAAUGCUCAUAAUCAACGAAUGAAUAAAUCUGUAACUACAUAUAAUCAAUUAAUACAAUUACAAAAAUAUAUUGAAGAAGAAAUGAAUCGGCCAGAAUAUUUUCAUGAUCAAACAUUCAGUUUACUACGUAUUACAUCAAAAUCAUUUCAUAAUUUAACACACUACAAAUAUUGUGGUAAUAUCCAUAUCCAAAAAAAAUCGUGUUUGUUAUAUACAGAUACCAAGAAAACUACCAAUCCAUAUUGA